UGAGAGCCCGAGUGAGCUCCAGCUCCCGACGGCAACAGCAGCAGCAGCAGCAGCAGCAGCAGAGGCGGCAUCCUCCAAACCGGGCUGUCCUUCUCCUCCUCCUCCUUGAAUCGCAGCCUCUUUUCUAUGGGACGAAGAGCCGGGCGCCUCCAGCUUCUCUUCUCCUUUCCUCCUUCCCUUCCUUGAAGCCGGAGCUUUGGACGUGGGGCUCGUGAGAUACGGAGCAAGCCACUCUCUCUCUCUUUCUCCUUCAGCAUCUUCCUUGGACCCUUUUUGCGCCGCUUUGGCCCACGUGCGUUUUUCCCCUCCUUAUUCCGGGGCUCCCUGCUCCCUUCUUGACACACUCGUCCCCGUCCCCCCCUUUUUACAUUUCCAAGGGGAAGAAGAAGAAGGAGAAGACGAAGAGCCGGUGCUUUUGGAUUGCUUGCCUUGGGAUUGUGGUGGUGCGAGGGAAGAGGGAGCCGUCCGAGCAUGAUCGGGCUGAAGAUGCUCCCGCUGAAGCUGCUCCUGGUGGCCCUGCUGCUCUGCUUCUUCGAAGGCGAGGCCAAGUUUGGCGAGAGCGGGGCCCGGAAGCGGCGCUGCUUGAACGGGAGCCCCCCCAGGCGCCUCAAGAAGCGGGACCGGAGGAUGAUGCUCCUGGAGCCGCCUCAGCCCAGCGAGCUGCUCUGCCGGGGCCUCUACCCGCGCCUCUCCUGCUGCCCCCGGGCCCAGGGGCCCGCCAACCUCCAGAACGAGAACAACAAGAUCUUUUCUGUUACCAACAACACAGAGUGUGUGAAGCUGCUGCAGGAAAUCAAAUGUGCACACUGCUCACCAAAUGCUCAUAGUCUGUUCCACACAACGGAGAAAGAAGCAUUGGAAAGAGAAUUAGCCCUUCCUUUCCUGUGUAAGGAUUAUUGUAAAGAAUUCUAUUACACUUGCAGAGGUCACCUACCAGGUUUCCUUCAAACUACAGCAGAUGACUUUUGUUUCUACUACACAAGAAAAGAUGGUGGUUUGUGCUUUCCAGAUUUCCCAAGAAAACAAAUUCGAGGACCAGCUUCUAACUAUUUGGACCAGAUGGAAGAAUAUGGUAAAGGAGAAGAUAUCAGCAGGAAACACAAACACAACUGCUUUUGUCUUCAUGAAGUUGUAAGUGGUCUGAGACAACCUGUUGGAGCAAUACAUUCUGGAGAUGGAUCACAAAGACUAUUCAUCCUUGAGAAGGAGGGAUAUGUAAAGAUUUUCACACCUGAAGGGGAAAUAAUCAAGGAACCAUUUCUGGAUAUACACAAACUUGUUCAAAGUGGAAUAAAGGGUGGAGAUGAAAGAGGUCUCUUAAGCCUUGCAUUCCAUCCCAAUUACAAAAAAACCGGAAAGCUUUAUGUGUCCUAUACCACCAACCAAGAGCGAUGGGCCAUUGGCCCACAUGACCAUAUUCUUAGAGUCGUAGAAUAUACCGUUUCCAGGAAAAAUCCACAUCAAGUUGAUACAAGAACAGCAAGAGGUUUUCUAGAAGUUGCAGAGCUACAUAGAAAACAUCUUGGAGGACAGCUGCUAUUUGGUCCUGAUGGAUUUUUAUACAUAUUCCUUGGUGACGGGAUGAUCACAAUAGAUGACAUGGAGGAGAUGGACGGUCUAAGUGAUUUUACAGGUUCUGUGUUGCGCCUGGAUGUUGACACAGAUUUCUGCCAUGUGCCUUAUUCCAUACCACGAAGCAACCCACAUUUUAACAGCACCAAUCAACCCCCUGAAAUUUUUGCCCAUGGACUCCACAAUCCAGGCAGGUGUGCUGUGGAUCGCCACCCAAUUGAUGUGAACAUUAAUUUAACAAUACUUUGUUCAGACUCUAAUGGGAAGAAUAGAUCUUCUGCAAGAAUACUUCAGAUAAUUAAAGGGAAAGAUUAUGAGAGUGAGCCUUCACUUUUGGAAUUCAAGCCAUUCAGUAGUGGGCCACUGGUUGGUGGAUUCGUAUACCGAGGCUGCCAGUCUGAAAGACUAUAUGGAAGUUACAUAUUUGGAGAUCGCAAUGGAAAUUUUUUAACACUGCAGCAGAGUCCCAUGACCAAACAGUGGCAAGAGAAACCACUAUGUCUAGGCAACAGUGGUUCUUGCAGAGGUUCCUUUUCAGGACAUAUUUUGGGUUUUGGUGAAGAUGAAUUAGGUGAGGUUUACAUCUUAUCUAGUACUAAAAGCAUGACACAAUCGCACAGCGGAAAACUGUAUAAAAUUGUUGACCCAAAAAGAUCUUUAGUCCCAGAAGAAUGCAAAAGAACAGCUCUUCCUGCACAGAUAUUGACAUCUGAAUGCUCAAGGCAUUGUCGAAAUGGGCACUGCACUCCCACUGGAAAAUGCUGCUGCAAUCAAGGUUGGGAAGGCGAGUUCUGCAGAACUGCAAAAUGUGAUCCAACCUGUCGACAUGGAGGUGUCUGCAUACGACCAAACAAGUGCUUGUGUAAAAAAGGCUAUCUUGGUGUUCAGUGUGAACAAGUGGAUAGAAACAUCCGAAGAGUGACAAGGGCAGAAAAGUCUUCCCACACAGAGAGAAGGGAAGAGCAAGUGUGCCCUUCGUCCCACAGUUCAUCAAACACCUGUUCCUUUGCCAAUAGUGUGCAAUGUUUUAAGCAAUGUAGCUUGACACUUUAACCAAACAUUCCCAGACCUUCGGCAAAGGGAAUGCCUAUAAAGUGAAUUCUUCAGUCACUGAGUAAGAUCACUCAAUUUCAUAAAUUUUAGUACAGCUGUAGGUUGUAAGAAAAAAUGAAAAAGACAACCUGUUCUUGUCCAAAUGAAGAUGUUAGAGAGAGAGCAAAAGGAAACAUGGUCUACAUUUGGCAUCCACCUAUGAUUACUCUUGGGUUUCAAAUGACCUCCUGACAAAUGGAAAUUGGUUGAGAAAUCUUGGUCGAGUGCUUAGUGAACAAUGGUCUGCAUUAAAAAGUGCAUGCAUAAUUUUGCACAAUGUAGAUCCAACUGACACUCCAUUCAGAAAGGGUUCAGGAUUAAAUGAGCAUGGAGAACCAAAUUACCCUCUUGCCCAAGAAAAGGGUGGUCUCUUGCAAUCCUACUAGCACCCCAUUGGCUAAGCAGUGUGACAAAUCUCGCAAUGAACCUUGCAAUAGUCUGCAUCUGUAGGUUAAUAGCAGGCUUUUGUCUCCAUUGCUUUCUCCCUAUAGUCCUGUUACUGAAUCGCAUCACAAAAAGUUUUACAAUUUAAAAUAAAUGUCCUGGCAACCAUUUUUGUACACUGACCUUACCAUCUAAUCUUCUCCUGUUCAACGUGGGGGUGACAUUAACAAAAUGUGAACCUCUAGAGAAUAAAACAGCUGUCUACAUCUGUCAGAUAGAGCCAUUUUACAGCACAUAGUACUGUUCAUAGCUUUGGCAAAAUAGGAAUAAAAUUACCGCAACAUUUACAAGCAACUCACAUGUAGAAUUUCAAAUAGCUGGUAUUCCCUUGCAAGCCUAGGGACUGAAGCAGAUGGGAAGGCAUUUAUUUCCAAGUUAACAAAACUGUGCAUGUUUCAAGCAAAUGUUUUCAGUCCCUACAUUUUCAAACAAUUUAAAUAAUACACAAUUUAUUGUGGUAAUACAAACCCUACACAUUAUCUUUCAAAGUUAAAGCUAUCAACAUGUUGAUUCAGCAUAAGCAAUGCUAUGUUGAAUUAAUGCGACAUACCCCUGAGUAUUGUUAUUUAUCAUGUCAGAAACCAAUUGAGGGUACAGGUAUAAUGAAUUUUAAAAGACAUAUACACCGUUUAUAUCUACUCAGGGGUGACUUGCAGCAUCCCUGAGUAAUAAUAAUAUAACUUUAUUCUUGUAUGCCGCCACCAUCUCCCCGAAGGGACUCGCGGCAGCUUACACAAGGCACAAGAUGCCUAAAACAAGACAUGACAUGAAACACAAUAUAAAAUACAAUUGAAUAAAACAUAAAAACUUGUGAAAACAAAACAAAACUCCAUCAGUGGUGCUAGGUAAUGCAAACAUGGUUGCAAGCAAUAGGGCCAGGAAAAGUAUAGAGCUGUAAGUAUGGGACAAGGGCAUGGGCAAAGUGCAAGGCUGCAUAACAAAUUCAUAAAUCAACUAGAAACUAGAUGUUCUCAAAAGCUUGAACAGCCAGGUCUUCAGGUCCCUAUGAAAGGAGGACAGUGUGGGGGCUUGUCUAAUCUCCCUGGGGAGGGUGAUCCAGAGCCAAGGGACCGCCACCAAGAAGACCCUCUCCCUUGUACCCAUCAAAUGCACUUGAGACAGUGGUGGGACCGUGAGGAGGGCCUCCUUGGCAGAUCUUAUGAGCCCCCAUACUGUCCUCCUUCAUAGAGGGAGAUGCAAUCACAAAGUUAGGCAGGAUCUGAACCGUUGAGAUAUAAAUAGGAUUGCACAUUUGGUGGACUAUACUAUAUAUAUAGUAAUACAUUUGUAAAUUAUUUGAGUGCUAAUUAAAGUUCAAGGAAUGACGAGACCCUAAAAAUAAAGUUACAAUAAAUCAUUUAUUGCCAGUCAAAAUGUGAAGUUGGGAGAUCAAUUAGUUUAUAUGGUAAAACAAACCAAAAUUGCACAAGAACCAAAAGAUAUUUGUUCUUGGGUUCAGGUUUUUCUUUGGUCUUCCUCUUCUGGCUUACAGUUUGAAUAAGGUUAUUAUGAAAUCUUGUUAUUGUUUCCACAGCACUAUAUUUUGGAAUGGGAAGAGAAGACAUCUUUCAGGUUUCCCUACUCUCAAAUAUACCCCACAUAAAUGUUUCUAUUUACUUUAUAAAUUGAAUUGACGGCAAUAAUUUAUACAUUGUGUUUUAAGAAUGCACAUAAUAAUCACACAACCAUCUUCCUCUCUCUUGAUAAAUAUGGUGUUAUUAAAUAGCUAUACAGGCCAUUUACCAAACUUUCUAAACAUUUUGUGUGUCAGCGUGCUAUCAAAAAUGCAAUGGUCAACUGGAGCAGUCAAAAAUACAUGAAAUGCAUGGAAGCAGGGAGAACCAAGUCAUAAUGGCUUCUAGAAUUAAAGAUGGAAGCAUUUCCAAUGUCAGUAUCUCUAUUUCCAUUAAUUUCAUUGAUUUAUGACUGCCCAAACCUAGAGCGAAUCCUACCAUUAAACUGAUGAGACAGCAAAUGUGGUCUAGCAGCUCUGAAAAAUCUGAAUCUGUUCCUCCUAAAUCUCAGAGGUAAGUCUUUUCUGUCUCUUGGAAAACAUGGAAGUGUGUGUCAUACUAUCUGACAAAAUACCCCUAACUCUCCUGCUCUCUUCAAGUAUGGAAUAGGAGUCUGAGCCAUUGCUAUUGUUUCAACUACCAAUCCUAUAUGUGGCAUGUGAAAUAUAUUGUCUUUUGUUUCAGGCUACAAAAUUACUUUGGCAAGUCCUGUCCAAAUCUUAAACAACUAGUAUAUCUGUCAUUAUUAAGGGCUGCUCAAUCACACAGUAUGCAGACUCCAUGUUUGUCUGCCUCUGGCAAAGCUGGAUGGGAAAAGGCAGGAUUGUUUCAUAACGGUGGGUUAGUGAAUCACAGUCCCUGUGUUGCAUCACAUUCUGGUAGUCAUUCAAUUCCCGUCGUGCCUUUUAAUACCAGCCUACCCAGUGAAGCAAACAUAAAGAAGUAUGCAUCACCAGAAUCCUAUUCUGGCCCACUUACAACUGGUUUGUAGAACAGAGCUGGACACAUAGGGUCUUAUGCAACUUUCAUCAUAAUUGGGUAUAGCCCCCAUUCAUCUCUGAGGCAAAAGCAAUCAGUCCCUCCUCUGACAGCUGAAAGGAGUAUAGGGAGGUAGUACUGGGAGUGAAAGUACAGAAUAGAAAGACAGGAUGAAAUUGGAUGUCCCCAUCCAGAUUUUCCUCCAAGGAAAGGCUCUAGAGAAUGCAUAGAGGUUCCUCUAGAGCAGUGGUUCCCACUCUGUGGCCCGUGGACCACCAGUGGUCUGCAAGAGCGAAUAUAUGGUCCGCGGUCUCACCAUUACUUCACUGUUGCCUCAAAACCACGUGGCAACCAGAGCGACUGAUCUUGCGAAACCUUCUUAUAGUGCCGAGGCAAUGGAGAUGUCAGGAGGGGAGAGGCUGACUACCCACAAAAGAUUACUACUACCAUAUCAGCUCUAGAUUAUUACAUAUGCUUUUUUUUGGGAGAGCAGGUGGUGACUACUGGAUGGCAUAUGUUCUGUAUCAGAAACUAGAGCUGAUGUUGUCCAUCCAAUGCAGUUUUUUGAAUCAGCACCCCAAAUAACCAAAGUGAAUCUAAAGUUGACAAAAAACUGAUUCAUAACCCUUUUGGUACUAAUGUUGAGAAUGGCCCCUGGUCAAAGUGGUCCCUGUCCAAGUGUUCCCUGGUCAAAAAAAGAUUGGGAACCACAGCUUUAGAGCUGCUAUAGAGGUACUUGAAUGCCAUCAUGAAGUAGAAUUGUAAUGAACUAAAACAUGCUAGUAUUUCAUCAGCAUUUGAUGAAAUGGUAUGUGAUAAGGAAACAGCAAAUACAGUUUCAUGUGUUAUGAGGUUCAGCCCUUUAUCCUUCUAAGCUUAAAUCUAUUUUUUAAAUUCACUAUUGAAACUUUAAAAGAAAGUAUAGACAAAAAAAGACAUCCUAUUAUCUGUACAGUCCAUGUAGUGUGUGAGGGGUCUGAGCAAUAUGAUCUUUGUGUAAAAUUUGGGACCCUUUUUCCAGGGAGAAAUUUUGCCAAUUUCAUUUUCCCCCUUACCACUAUGCUACCAAAAGUUGAUAAUACUGUACAAACAGUCAAAAUAGUAUUUCCCUGCAUUUCCCUGGCCUGCAAAGAGAGGAGUAGCUGAAGGGAAGAUUCACAUGUUGGAUUGCAGCUUGCCUGUGCUGAGCUCCCAAAAAUAGUUCUUUCCCCAUGUGCCAUAUCUGGUGAGAAUCCCAGCCAUAAAUCUUGCUCUGCCAAGAUAAGAUUUCUCUCCUUUCUCUUCUGAGAGAAGCACAGCUAGGCAUCUCUUACCUCUUCCAUGAGAGGAACCCUUUCCUCUGUUGAGAGAAACACACUUGGGCUACCCACCUGAUUCAGCACCUAUGGAGUGCUUUGGGGAGUUUGGUACAAGCAUCCUUGUCCCCGGAUGCUCUUGCCUUCAUCCAUGGAAGGGCUCCUCGCAUAUAAUUGAGACUGUGUAACAUGAAUUCACAUAUAUAUGGCCUAUGUAAUUGAACGGUUUUAAUGAAUAUCUAAAGAAACAAAGAAAAUAAACAUGUGCUCACUCCUCAAGUGACAGAUUAAUUUUGGUUCUAACUCUUCAACCUUCAUUCAACAAAAUUAGCCUUAAUCUCAUAAUUUGCAGGAUUAUAUUUACAAGAAGUAAAGUUUUUUUUUCAUUUGAAAGUUUAACUUUUUAAAGCAACAUACUAUCUUUAAACUCUUUUCAAAUCACACAUGUGUGCAGAAAUCUUCAUUCUACACAUUGCAUGUUGUCAUUGCACUGCUACUAUAUAUAGGCAUCUUACCAUUAUACAAAGAUGGGAGGGAUUUGAUUCAACAAAGAAUAAAGUGCCAUAUCCAACGUCUUGCUUUUUGAUGCUGCACAAUAAAAUCUACCUAUUGUUAAUUAAUGUAACUUAACAUAUUACUUAUUUGUAUGUUUUCCUGCAACUUUUCAUGCAUUGUCUAUUUUAUUAUAUAUUGACAAUAAAAAAUCUACUUUUUAA